AUGCACCUCCUCGGGCGCCUCCGGCUCUCCCUGAUCGGAAUCAUAAGCUCGCGCGCCGCAGCUCUCCGGCUGCCGACCAUGGCCGGAGUCCGGAUGCGCGGGGCUGGACAGCAGGCUCGGAUGAUGGGCAGCGUGCGUGACCUCAACGACCAGGGCGUCGAGUACAGUGUGCGCAAGACCGAGGCCGCGUGGCGCGAGGCCGGCAGGCGGGAGCAGCUCUCGGAGGAGGAGUACUACGUGCUGCGGCAAAAAGGGACCGAGUACCCUGGAUCAGGCAAGUACGACAAGUUCUACCCAAAGGCAGGCCACUUUGCGCCGUGGUGA